AUGGGGCGUCGCCGUCGCCAAAGCGGUCAUCGCCAGGCACAGCUUCCUUUUCUUCGGGUUGAGCCUAAGCCGGUAGGGGUCUCAUCGACUCCGGCAACCUUCGCACAUAGGCCGCGGCAGCGGUAUUCCAGUAUCCCUCCCGAAGAACUCCAGCCUGGAGCUCCUCAACAUCGAUACAACGAGGCCACAGCCCCUUCAAGCCCCGUCAGUAGCCGCUCAGCACACUCCCACGGUAGCUUGGGGCACUCUGUUUCUACUAGCUAUACCAGCUACCUGGCCGACGCGAGGCAUCUUUCACCCGACCCGCCUACACCCACAAACUCGACUAUUUCGACAUACAAUUCAGCUCAUCAUGCAACCAAUGGCUCUGGGAGACCGCGGCAGUAUCAAAGCUUCAUGUCCAGUGGUACCUCUGACCCAGAUGUACAGAUGACAGAUGUUCUUGGUAUCGACGUUCGUUUCUCGAGUGCUGAGACUCAGCAAUAUGUUGGAAGCCAACCCCAAUAUGUGUCUGAUCGCGGAUUUUCUCCCACCACUCAUCAAAGAUAUCCGCACAUGGCUGGGCCAUGGGCCCCAUUGCCAUUUCGACAUGAAGAUUUAUACAUGGGCGAAGAGGGAGCAGGUCCUGUCCGGGAGGAAGUAGUCCCCGAGGAUGCACAGACCCAAAGCUCGCGCGAGAAACGAGGAGGUCGCACCAGACCUCUAUCACCAUCUGCACGGAAAGAGGCCAGUGACGUUCGAAGGGUGGGAGCCUGCCUUCGUUGUACCAUUAUGAGAGAAAAGUGCGAUCUUCAAACCUCUUGUCACACCUGUUUAACCAAGGAGCGACGGAAAUUUCCCAAAACAUGCAUUAGAGCCCAUGCUGACUGGGAACGACUCAAGUCGAUCAUUUUCCCCCUUGAAUUGACCUCAUCAUUGCGGCGUGACAAGCUCUUCCGAUAUAUGUCCAAAGGGGCAUUCACUCUAUCCCCUCGACAACCUUUCAAGAUCCCACUAGAUCUGGGUGUGGGCACACCAUUGCAGGUGAUGGUACAGGAAUUUCAUGCGCUCACCACUGAGAUUGAACACACAUAUCGCAUCAAGGAAGAUGGCAGUGGAAACAAGAUUUACUGUCAACAUCAAGUAUGGAGCCCACCAAUCAAUGUGUUUUUCAAAAAUGGAGAGUAUAUGAGACCGGUACAAAGUCUGAAGCACCAGAUCAACACAAUCUUUGAGAAUGUGCUGGGCGACGAAAAGGGCUGGAUAAACUGGACCAUGGAAUAUUUCCCCUCCAAGGAGGAGAAUUUCCAAACAGACAUCCUCGGUUGGAUAGGCAAGUACUACAGAAAGGACAUUCAUGAACAUGGUAUUCUCAAGACAGGGUUGAGCUUGCUGUGGUACGAACACUUGCUCUUGAGAAGCUUCGAAAUCCCACCUGAAGCCAGGCCAAUGUUGGAAAAGCAUCUCGAGAGUUGUCGGCCGGCGGAGCUCAGUGAGAAGGCUGAAAUAGCGCCAGAAACCAUCAAUCGAUUCCUCAAGGGCGUUAUCCUUCCUAUGGCCGAGGAUGCAGCAAGAUCAGUACUGGAAACACUGCAUGAGAAGAUGUUCAAGAUGGCGGUCAACUUGGACUUAUCCAAAGCACGGACUGACAUUGCACUCUGCCUGGCUUUCAUCCUGUUGAUAUUUCUCGGGAGGACACAGCACGCGUUGGUUCUCCUGGCCAGCACGAGUGCAAAGGAAUCUGACGGGAUGUAUUCGUUAAGCGACGCCAAAGCCAAGAUCCAAGAAAUGGAAGAUUCCGUCACAGAAUACCUGCUGUCCUUCCACAAAUAUACGUUGAGCAGGAAGUCUUCCAGAUCGGCCAAAGUGUCGAGCGGUGGUGGUGAAGAGCGCUCAGCAUUUGAGAUGCAUGCCCGAGACUUUGAUCUAGUAGGUCGUUUCAGAGGAGAGGUCGGCGUUGAAUACGCGGGCAUCAAGCCAGAGGAUUUGGAUGUCGGUCCUCUCAACUACAAGACAUUUCGACACAUGAACGUCCGCCGACUGUGUUGGAAGCUGUUUCAAAAUUUUGAUGUCGACGCUUCCAAUUAA